AUGUCAGAUAAUCUUGUUGACAAGCUUGAAGAUUGCACCCAUCUUAGCUGUGAUUCCACUCUUAUGGAUCUUAUAAUUGAUAUUAAAUGAUCAGACGACGCUUCGAUUCAGGAAUUUGAAAGACUAUAUCAUUCAUUUGAAGCAUUUACUAUUAAAGGAAAAUAUACAGGCUCAUGCUGGCGAGAUCUUAUGUAUUUUUUAUUAGAAUUGCUGUCAAAACCCCAAUAUCAGAGCAAGCCUUUUGAAAGUGUCUUAGCUAUUUUUAUUAAUGAUACUUUUUCAGAUCAGCUUCAGUUCCAUUUUCUGCAAGACACUUUAAGGAUUAUUAAAUCGCUAGCUGCGAAAGCUGAAAAUAUCAGUUUUAAAUUCAGCAAGCUCAGAAUUCAUGAAGAAUGCUAUAAAGUUUUCCCCUUAUUUGUCUUAUAUUAGUUUCAAGCCAUUUUUGGCUGGGCAAUCCUAGAGAAAACUCUAUAUAAAGAUAACUGCAAAAAAUUCCCAUGCUGCACCACACUUAAUUGCCAACAUAAAGAAAUCCAAUUUCCUAAAGAUCUUAUAUAUGAAUACAGAGGAGAAGAAGCCUUUAUCAAGGCGAAUUUUCUCAUCCAAACUAUAGCAGCUUUAUAUGAAGGAAAAAUUGUAAAAAAUAUUCAAAGUCCUAUCCUAGAAAAUUUUAAAUCACAAAUAAUUGACGUGCUUAGGAAUUCUAUUGGCUGCAAAGGGAUAGCUUUUAGCUGUAUUAAAGCUUUAACGCGGCUGCAUUCUGAUAAUAGCAUAGGGAUUACUUCUCUAUUAGAAAAUGAAUAUUUCGACAAAGCAAUCGAAAAUGAUCCAAAUAUUUUGAAAUUUAUUGAUAAAGAAAUUAUAAUUAAUUUCACACAAAUUGCAUUGGCUAAAUGGAAUUUUAGAGGCAGAAAUAUAAAAUCAAGCCAAACUUUUCCGUUAAAACCAUUAGUGAAUGCAUGCUGUACAGCUUUACUAUCUGAGCCAACAAAAAUAAAGCUCUUUUCUUUGCCACAGAUGAUUGCGAAUUAUCCUGAAUUUAUUUGAUUUUAUUUAUUAUUAGCAAAAAAAAGUUUAAAUAAUUUUGAUGAAACUAUAGAAAUCAUUAUGAAUAGAAUUCAAGUAUCACAAAAUACAAGCAAAGCAAUAAAAUCAGAUAAUGGGCAAAAAAUACCUUUGAGAACAUAUGAAUUGGAUUUAAGACGGCCAUUGAAAUGCUAUAAUGAGGAUAGCUCAAUAUUGAAUGAGCUAUGUAAGCAUCUACAAAUUACGAUUGAAAAUACUUCUUAUUAUGAUUUAUUAUUUUGGUAUGGUCUAUCUAAUAAUAUUUAUAUAAAAGAACUGAUUGAUGGAAUUGAAACGCCAAACCAAAAUUCCAGCUAGAUGUCUUUUCCUUAUGCAUAUUUUCUCUUGCAGACAUUUUCUUUUGAUUAUUUAUUAAAAUUUUUAUAGUCUUUACAUUAGAAAAACUUUUUCGACCAAUGGUUCCAAUAAAGUUUCUACCAGGAAAACCUAAUAGAUGUCUACUCAAAAUUCCUAUUUAAAACUAGAAGUUGCUAAAUUUCGUGCCUAUUGUGGGAAAACUUAUUCUGUUUCUGAUCCUUUAGACCACUUUAAAGUGCUGCCAUGAUACAAAGGAUCUGACUAUUCUUUCAUCCCUAGUCUAAUUGAGUUUUUUAAUCCUAAUAGUGACUGAAAACAGCUUUUCCUUCUAAACUCUAUACUCCCAAUAGAAGCAUUUAGCUACCCAGACCAUAUUCCUGAUUUAAAAAACUAUAUAUCUGAGGUUAUGAAUAGAGCUGAAUGAAAUUGUAAUUUUUCGAAAAAAAAUAUAAAAAACUUUGUUAAAUCAGUGCUUUUUUCUUUGCCUUUUCUCGAUUUAUUUAGCGAGUCCGUUGAUAAUCAAUGACAAAUUAAUUUUCUAGAAAUUAAUACAUGAACUUGUAUUAAUUGUGAAAGCGAAAUUAAUAAUGAAAUUUGCAAUAAUUGCGGGGGUUGUAACCCGAAUUUUAUUUAUUCAGAUAGGAUUUUAAUUGCUGAUAGUCAGGAUAGAAGAAAUAUUGUUUCUAGAUCGUCUAAAUCUGAUAUUGGCAUAGAAAAUUUUUAUAGUAGAACGAUAGAGAAAUUGGCAAAUUUUUAUGAAAAUUAUUCCUGUAAUGAUAUUAUUAAGAGCACAGAGAUUCAGCUUCUGCUAUGUUAUAGGAAAUAUGCAAAUAAAUGGUUUGGCCUUCGCUUUUCAGAACAAUCAUUAAAAAAAUUGGUUUCUUUGCCUCUUUCUCUUAAACUAAACAUAUUCCCAAUUGACUGGCUGUCUAUUGGAGGUAUAAAGCAAUGCUCAAAAGUUACCCAAGACAUAAUGAAUGAGCUUAUUCAAUCCAUAGAAUCCAAUACUUUAUCAAGAAAAGCUGCUUCUACAAUAAUAAAGCUCAUAGAUAACGAAUCCCUUAAAACCUUCAAAUACAUUUUAGAACUUAUUGAAAUUCUAUUUAAUCCUUGUCCAGCUAAAAAACUAGCAAAAAACUCCCUAAAGUCCCUUUCCUAUCUUUUUACAAAGUUAAAUAUAGAUUUAUUAACAGCCUUAGACUUUUUACCUCAAGAGUAUAUUUUCCAAUGAUGCUUAAAGACUUUAGAAUGCAAUGGAUUUUUUGGUUUUCUAUUAAAAAUUUUUAAAAUAAAUCCUCAAGAAUUUUCAUCAAAAAUUAUGAUGAAAUUUCAAUCAGUCGCUUUUGUAAGUGAAAAUGCCGACCAUUUAAAAAUAUACGAAAUUAUAGGCUAUAUUUCAAAGGAAACGCAAACUAAUGUGACUUUAUUAUAUUCAAAUAUACUUGUCGAAAUAGCAUGAAAAAAAGACCCUAGCCUUAUGUUUAGACUUGAAAAGGCAGCAUCAUUAUUUAUGACUGGAAAUAGUGAUUCUGCACUCACUAUUGGAAACUUGUUUAAUCCUGAAGAAAUUGGCCACAUUUUUGAAGGGACUUCAUAUUUGUUAUUAAAUAAAUUCGGGAUGAGUGAUGUAAAUUCUACCAAAUGGAUGAUGAAUAAAAAUUUUGGCUUGUCUACAGAGGUUUCUUUGGAUGAAAGCUCGAUUCAGGAUUUUUUUGACAGUUUUUGUGUAAUUAAAUCACUGUUUAGAAAUAAUGAAGAAAGACUUUCACAGCAGCCCAAAAACUUGCAGCAGUUCAGCUGGGAAGAUUUUUUGCCUCUUGCGGGGAAAAUUGAAGAGUUUGUGCUUCCUUCUGACGUUUUUAAAAUUAAUGUACUUAUCGGAAUCGCCAAAAUUUGUUUACUCCCACUCAAUAAAGGGGCAAAUUCCUAUUUCUAGACAAAAAUACCUCCAUAAGCUAAUGAAAAAUAGUUUUAUAAAAAAAUUUGAUAUAUAAAGUGAUAAUUUUUCCAAUUCCAAAUUUUUGUGAUUUAGUUAUUUUUUUAAAAAUAUAUAUAAAAAUAAAAAAAUUAGCAUCUACCAUUAUAGAGUUUUUUUUUUUGCUUGAGAAGGGGAGUUAGCAUUGCUAGAUGGCAAAGACUGCUUACCAUAUCUUGUUCAUAAAAUCAUAAGUAUCUGCUCAGCAUUGAUGAUAUUAGAACCAAAAGCAGUAUUAGAAAUUCUUGAAAGAAUUAUUAAUAAGCCAUGCUGGAAUAUUGUAAAAGACCACUGCAUCGCUAUCAUUUCAUUAGCUUUUUCUUUUCGAAAAAUAUCUCCAAAAGCAGAAAAAAUUCUAUCAACAGUUUUAAACAAAAUUUCAAUCACUCUCCAAUAAUAGCAAAAAAAUAUGUUUUGGCUCUUAAAAUAAUAAAAAAAAUAGAUUCGUUAAAAACUAUAAAAAUUUUUAUUUAAAAAAUAAAUUGUAUUAAAAAUAUUCUGCUUGCUUUUGAUAUGGGAUUAAUUUCCCUAAAAAAGGCAUUUCUCAAUAGCUUUGUUCACUUUUAAAGGGGGGAGAGUCAGAGAUAUAGAUGAUCCAUCUUCGCUUAUUUUUAUAUGUCUGCCUAUGCUUUUUUCAACAAACUUUACUUGCGUGGAAGCUCUCUGGAACAAAAUAAAAAAUAAAGCAAAUAUUGAGUGUGAGCUUUAUUUUUCUCUAGCAAAUGCAAUUAAAUCAAAUUUUCCUAUACUCCAGUAUGCAGGGCUAUCUAUAAUUGAAGAAGCUAUUAAUAAAUGCAGUUUUAACUUUAAAAGCUAUGUCGCUUUAGCUUUAAAUAAAGCGACUUCUCUCCAAAGCUCCAGAGAUAACAUCCAAGAGCUCCCAAUACCACUAGGCCAGCUUAUUGACGAAAUGACUGGAAAAAUCGGAGCCAUUGCCAAUGGAAAUCUAAUAGGAAUUAGUGAAAAUUUUGUAAUAGAAAAACCUACAAAAUUCAAUAUAAAAACAAUAAAAAAUAUAAUGGAGCAAGUCUCACAAAUUUAUUGUUCAUCAGAGAGAAUUUAUUAUGGAGAACUUAGGCUAAAAGACAAUAUGACUGAAAAUGAAGAAAUCGUAUUGGAAGUUUUGGAUGGGAUGUUUAUGAAAGAAUACUCCUCGCUCACAAAUGAGCCAUGCUUCAAUGAUAUGAAGAGCUUAAGGGAAUGGUCUCAGUGGCUUAUUCACUCAAGCGAUAAUGAAGAAUUUUUUCCAAUUUUAAAUCUUAUUGAUAUCAGUCUUGAAGUGGUGGCUGAUAUUUUGCCUCAUGCUUUGGCGCUAUUUAAAAGUAAACAGGAUUAUUUUUUAAGGUAUGUUACUGAUUUUCUGCAAAAUACUAAUGCAGGGCAUAAAAGACUGAUGCUGCGGAUUUUAGAAAAAACUGAAAUGCCGAUAUAUUCCUUAUUGAAUUUUCCACUGAAAAUGAAUUUAUUAAUUGACUUACAGGAAUUUCCAAAAGCUUGGAAUAUUUUGGAACUAUCUAUUAGAUCAAGAAUUUCUUCUACGAAAAAGAGAUAUAGCCCAAGAUUAUUGACUAAAGAAGAAGUAGAAUGAUGCAGAACAAUUUAUGUUGAGCUUGCUAAAAAUCGGUAUAUUAAUGCAAUUCCUGAAGUUCUUGAACUUUAUUCGAUUUCUCAAGAUGACGAUAAAAAUAUUCAAAAUAUUUUUUCUUCUGGAAAUUAUUUUAUUUUAAAUUCCUGAAAUUUUUCUUUUAGUAUAAACCCUCUUGUAUUUGGAGCAGCUUGAAGACUUGGGAAGCCUAGAGAGUGCUACUCUAUUUGCCAUAUUGAAAGUUUAAUUGGAAAUAUAUUAUUUGCACUAUUAAAUAAUCAGUCAGUUGAGCUUGCUAUUAAUAAAGCACGAAAAAUAUGAAUCGCCCAGAGUUCAACAAGAUCUGCAUCUUAUGCACAAGCUUAUGACCACGCCUUAUUCCAGCAUAUAAUUGAAAAUAUUAUUUUGCUUACAAAUAAAAAUAAUUUGGAAUAUUAUCCAACAGUAUGUGAGAGGAAUUCUCAUAUUGAGCAGAAGUUCGAAUACGUCGAACUAGUAGAAAGAGUAACCUUAGUUAUAGGGGUUUUCCCUAUAUGGCCCGAUAAGGGCCGUGGGUUCUCCGUGGAAUCCCUCUGUUGGUCAAACUAACUCAGUGCGUUGGUUUGACCAAUUCACUGGUUGGUUCAGCCAGCAGAGGGAUUCCACGGAGAACCCACGGCCCUUAUCGGGCUAUAUAGGGAAAACACCUAUAUUUCUUCUAAUAGGGAUAACUGUAUUAGUGCUUGCUUAGACUCCAUUAGAAAAAUAUUAAAGGUGGGCAUAUUGGAGUACAAAUACGAAUAUUGCAGAAAUUUUUUAAAAGAAAUUUUUUCUAUUUAUCCAAAACUGAACGGACAUUUAUUGAAUUAUUAUAAAUAUAAGGUCGAUUAUUUAUCUGAAAGAGAAUUUUUAUUUUCUAAAGAACUUAAAGCUGAAAUGAAAGCGAUCGAGCCAAAUAAAGAAAAAGACCCGAAAAAUGCAAAUAUUCCGAAUAUUUGUUUAAAAUAUAAAUAUGCGUUGCUUGUUAUCAGGGUAAAAUGCAGAAGUGGCUUAAAUUUGAGUCAUAAUGCAGAAAAAUACAUUGAAAAGUAUUUUGAUGCUGAUAAUGACCAAAAUUUUGAAAUUGUUAGACUUUAUAUUGAAAAAGGAUUCAAUGAAAUAGCUUCAUUUAUAGACAAUAAUCUAGUGAAUUUUAAAGUUUCAGAAGAAAAUGCAGAAUCAGCAGCUUUGGCAGCUAUUUUUUAUGCAAAAUCUUUAUAUUAUGGCCAUGCUCGAUACCAUUCAUCAAUGACAAGAGCUUUGUCAUUAUAUUUUGCAUUAAAUAGGCUCCUCAGUGAAAAUGAGCUUAUAGACAAAUUAAAUGAUAUUAUGGGACAGGCGGCUGAAGAAUUUCCUAUUUUUAUUUGGGCUGACUGUGUCCAUCAAAUUUUAGCAGAAAUUGAGCAUCCAAAAGCGUCUUGUAGAGAGGUCGUUAAUUCAAUCAUUUUGAGACUAUUGAUUCAACAUCCUCAACAGAUGUCGUGGCUUAUUUUUGGGCUUGCUGAUAAAAAAUAUGACAGAGAUGGAUUUUUUAACCAUUUAUUAUCACAAUAUGAAAAAAUUUGUGGGAGAAAAUUACUAGACAGCUUAGAAGCUAAUAAGAGCCUAAUGAAGGAAUUUGUUACCCUUGCUAAAGCUGACCACAAAAAAGCUGGAAUUUCUAAAAAAAUGCAAAAUUUAAAAAAUGUCUCUUUAGCGAUGCCAAUACAAGAAAAUUUUUUAGUCCUUCCCAUCCUUAGAUCACCAUAGGACUGGUGCUUUAAAAAUUUUUGAAAGAAAUUAUAUAAAAUGUUUUAUGUGCUAGAGAUAAGAGAUAAAGUAUGAAAUAUAUUUGUAAGUGUUCUAGAAAUCACAUUAUAAUUGCGGAAAAGUAGCUAUACGUUAUAUAUCUAAUAUUCAUUACUAUCAAAAAUAGCUAGACUAGAUAUGGGGUACAGAAGUAAAAUUUCAUGCUUGACUAUAUGAAAAUUUCAAUCAAGGAAUGGUAAUUUUUCAAUUUAGGAAAAUUUUCAAGAAUAUUAGAUCAAAGAUGAGGAAUUAGUAACGAUGACCCCCCCCUAAAUCUUCAUGUCUAUUGCAACAAAAAUGCAAUUUUUUAAUAUAAAAUUUUAUAUAAAAAAAAAAAUAAUAAUUUUCAUGUCUCUUGCAACAAAUUAUAUACAUUAAAAUGGCGACAUGUGUCAAUCUGCCCUCUUGGCGCAGCAGUCCAGACCUAUGGCUACAGCGAAUUGGGAUAGACUCCGAGCAAAGAAUCAGACGCAGGCUCAAGAAGUGUGUAUCCGGGUAAGUUUUGGCUACUUUCCUGUGGUUGGAAAUGGAGGUGUUCAACAACGUCCUUGGAUCCAAGGACCCAUGGGUAUUCCUCUAACGAGAAACUGGGGUUUUAGCCCAGGCCACAGGGGAACAGUCUUUUUCCUGUAGCUGUCGAAGAAAGGCACUCUGAUACCCAAUAGAAUUCAAGAGAUGAUCCUUGGAAUCAAGCUACUCCCAAUCGCCCAGGGCCACAGAAAUCCAUAAGCCGCCCACUCAAGACUGAACUCCCAAGGCAAGGAGGAGACAGAAGGUACCGGAAGGGCACUUGUAAGAGGGAUAGAUUCUCUGGGCUGGAGUCGAAAAGCAGUAGAACCUUCCGUACGGGAGGUCUUUAAUGACUGCGUCAUCAAUAUGGCUAGCGCCUGCCUGUAAUAAUCCUAAUCCUCUUGCAACAAAUUUCCGAUGACAUCUUAAAUUUUUCCGUACUUUUUAGCUAGAUAAGUUUAAUAAAAUGGCGAGCGAUAGCAAUAGCCGUCCAAAUCUCGAUGAGAAGGUCAUUUCACCUACAGUAGCGCUAUUUUAUGGUUUUUUUGAGAAACUCACCUAGAGAAAAAUGCAUUAAUUUUUUUUAUAAAAAUGUUGUGUUGCAGUAGUUAGUUAGUUAGUUAGUUUUAAAAGGCCAUACGUCGAAAGACGACUCCAGGUCGGGUUCUGAUGCAACCAUACUCCCAGGCCCGACGCCAUCUUGAUUUCUGGUCAAAACCACCUGUCCAAGGGAUCAGCACCUUUGGACAGAGCCACUUCUGUCUGAGUGCCCCGAUGGUCCCGAUGAAGGAAGACCAUGUGGUAGGAAAAACCUGUCUAGCCCAUCUGGCAGGGACAGGGAAAACCUUCGGGGGAGAAACAAAACUUCCUUUUCGGCACUGCUUCCCCACAACUGAAGGCCUACUUAGAACAGGAAUGAGACCUGUAUAUUCAGCUUCAUCAGCAAUGGGUCUUACCAGCUCCAUAGGAGGUGCGCCUCGGUGUCCAAUUUCCGUCAACGUCACCAUUUAUUUCUCUCGUGUGUGUUGCAGUAGGCAUGAAGAUUUUUCGAAAAAUUUUUGUUGCAGUAGCAUGAAGAUUGAGGGGGGGUCAUCGUUAAAAAAAUACCCAAAAACCUUAUUUUGCCUAGGAAAUGAGUUUCCAGGGUUUACUUUGACUCCAGUGUGCAUUGAAAGAGUAUCAGAAGAAAUCACAAUCAUGCCUUCCAAAGCAAAACCCAAAAAAAUAUCAAUGAUUGGGAGCGAUGGAGUCCGACGGUAUUUUUUAUGCAAAUAUGAAAGAAGCUCUGAUAUGCGAAAAGAGUCUCGGGUUGCCUCAAUUAUAGAAACUGCUAACACCCCCUCAGUGAGCGAACAAAAAAAAAUUUUAUUUGCUUAUAGAGGGCGAUUAAUUUUUUUUCUAGAUUUAAAAAAUCCUUAUUCGAAAUAAUUAAAGCAAAUAUUAGUUCAAUUUGUAAACUUAUCUUUAAAAUUAAACAGAUUAACUAGAGAUUUCAUUAUAAUAUUAUCACUUACAUAUCAAAAUAAUACUUCUUAAAAAAUGAUUUUGAUCAAGGAGGGUGAGUUUUUACCAAAAAUAGGGAUUUUUCAAUGGUUUUGUUCGCUUAGGGAGGAGGGUAAUAGAAUUCUAGAAAAAGACCCAAAAGCAAAAAGACUAGGCAUACGGUUUCCAAGCUAUAGCCUAAUUCCUAUAGGCUCUGACUGCGGCAUUGUGGAAUGGGUCGAAAACACAGCAACGCUUAAAAGUAUUAUUACCCAACAGUGGCUAAAAAAUGGUAUUAAACUAGACGUCGCAAGUGCCCAAAAACUGCAUCCUUCUAAAGACACAUAUAACCCAGACCUUUGAGAAAUACUACAGAGAACUAUACGACCCUGUCUGCAUCAGUAUUUUUACGAUAAAUUUCCUCAUCACAAUAAUUGGCUUAAUGCAAGGCUAAAAUUCACACGAUCUCUUGCAUCAUGGUCUAUGUUUGGAUAUAUUAUAGGUCUUGGGGACAGACAUUGUGACAAUAUUUUAAUGUUCAACGACACUGGUGAGCUUAUGCUGAUUGAUUUUGAGUGCAUUUUUAAUAUGGGAACCCUGCUUCCAAAGCCAGAAGUAGUGCCUUUUAGAUUAACCCCUGAACUGCAAGAUGCAAUGGGGCUGUUUUUUGAGGACGGAGAGUUUACCUAUACUUGUGAAAUAGUGCUUAAAUGUUUCCAAAAUAAUAAAGCAGUCCUUUUAAGCCAAUUUGAAAGCUUUAUUUCCGACCCUUUGAAUUGUCCAAUUAAAAAUCCAGAAAUUAGUAGAAAUGAUGAAAGUGUCAGUAAUACGCUGAAAAUUGUGGAAGCGAGGCUUGAUAGGAAAAAGCAGGUGAAUAGUGAGAUGUAUUAUACGUCGACGCUGCAGCAGGUGAAAAGCUUGAUAAAGGAAGCGACGGAUACAGAAAAUUUGAGAGUGAUGUUUUAUGGGUGGAUGCCGUGGAUGUAA